AUGUCGGAUAAGGAAGAUGCUAGAAGCGUCGUCGAAAGUGCUAUUGGAGGAUCCAGUUCUAAUGACACUGGGUCAAAUGAAAAGGCAUCGUCGAAAUGGCAGAAUUUCAGAGAUUCCUUCAAGAGACCAGCAGAAGAGAAAGAGAUAGAAUAUGGCCAAAAUGAUAAUUUGAAUGACAUAGAGAAGGCCAAUAUUGGUGCUUCAAAGUCUCCAUUAAUGAGAGACUUGAAAAAUAGACAUUUGCAAAUGAUUGCAAUUGGUGGAAGUGUGGGGACUGGUUUGUUGAUCGGUAGUGGUUCCUCCUUGAGAACUGGUGGUCCAGCCGCAUUACUUAUAGCCUGGGGGCUUGUUGGUACGAUGGUCUUUUGUACUAUUCAUGCAUUAGGAGAGAUGUGUGUUGCUUUUCCUGUUAGUGGUGCUUUUUCAAGUUAUGCAACAAGAUUUGUUGAUCCUUCAUGGGGGUUUGCAGUAGGAUGGAAUUAUGCUAUUAUGUGGUUAAUUGUGCUUCCACUAGAAUUAGUGGCCGCAGCUAUGUCGAUUCAAUAUUGGGAUAGUACAAUCAAUCCAGUUGCAUGGGUUGCCAUCUUUUACAUAUUCAUCUUCGUUAUAAAUUUAUUUGGGGUUAAGGGUUACGGUGAAGCCGAAUUUUACUUGGCUAUAGUCAAGAUAAUCGCAAUUAUUGGCUUUAUAAUAUUGGGUAUUGUAUUAGUCUGUGGGGGUGGUCCAACCCACGAAUUUAUUGGUGGUAAAAAUUUUCAUAACCCCGGAGCAUUUGCAAAUGGGUUCAAAGGUGUUUGUACUGUCUUUGUAACUGCCUCAUACAGUUUGGCAGGAUCGGAAAUGGUGGGUCUUGCAGCAGCUGAAACCGCUAACCCAAAGAAAACAUUACCAAAAGCCAUCAAGCAAGUUUUUUGGAGAAUUUUUCUUUUCUAUAUUUUAUCGUUAACGUUCAUUGGUCUCAUUGUACCGUAUGAUUCAGAAGAAUUAUUAGGAUCGUCUAGCACAGGAUCUGCAUCUCCGUUUGUUAUUGCAAUUAAAAUUGGUGGCAUCAACGCAUUACCUUCAAUCUUCAACGCUGUGAUUUUAAUUUCGGUCCUUUCCGUGGGUAAUUCAGCUGUUUAUGGGUGCUCUCGUACAAUUCAAAGUUUAGGAGCACAAGGAUUAGGACCUAAAAUACUCAAUUAUGUUGAUCGUCGUGGUAGACCAUUGGCAGGAUUAGCAAUUUCAGGAAUUUUUGGAUUAUUAUGUUUCCUUAGUGCGUAUGAGAAUGAAGGUGAAGUAUUUACAUGGUUGUUAAGUGUGAGUGGUUUAGCCACAAUUUUUUCAUGGUUUAGUAUUGGAUUGUGCCACUUGAGAUUUAGGGCCGCAUUGAGAUAUCAGGGCAGAUCUACUGAUGAAUUAUCAUUCACGUCUAUCGCAGGUAUUUGGGGCUCCAUUUAUUCCAUGAUUUUCCUUAUAGUUGUGUUGGGGGUCCAAUUCUGGGUUGCAUUAUUUCCAAUUGGUAGCGAUGGAAAGCCAAACGUAACGAGUUUCUUCCAAAAUUAUUUAGGGGUGUUUGUUAUAUUGUUAUUUUACGUUUGUCAUAAAGUCUACUCGAGAAAUUGGAAGUUCUACAUCAAGUUAAGCGAGAUAGAUUUAGAUACAGGUAGACGAGAAACGGAUGUUGAUUUAAUGAAUUAUGAAAUGGAGGAAGAUACAAUCAAAGAGGGGGUACCUAUGUAUUUAAGACUUUGGAGGAGUUUAGUUUAA